AAAGAAUGUUUCGCUUUGAUUCCUUCAAAAAGUCAAAUGAACAAGACACACGAGUAGUAGUACUACUACUAGCAAUAGUAACAAUUCAGAUAAACAAAAAAACAAUACAAGUAUACCAAUACCAGUCAACUCUUGGGGAAUGUUGGUCUUAUCUCAACUACAGAACCAACAAGAAGACUUUAUAGAUAUCAUAAACAUUUUGACAAAAAACAGCAAAGCCAUCGUACUCUUGCCUGUUUCAAUACCCUCUCAUCCAUCAGCUAUAGUUGAUCAUGAAUUUAUUAUGGAUCAUAUCUUGAUUCCAAUGAAAGAAGAAGAAGAAGAAAGUGAUCAAAUGAUCUCACCUAGUGGUAUUCACAGUGUGAUUGAAGGAGACCAACUCAUCAUUGCUAAUCUCAUUGAAUCAUUUGAUAUCCAUCAACUAUCCAAAAAAUCAUUAUUUAGUCUAGACACUUCACACAUGAAAAAUCAUCCAAGAUAUACGAUCCUAGCAAGCCAUAUACAACUAUCACUUCAAGAUCAACAGAUAAAUGUGAUUCUUAUACAAAAACCCAUAUCAAGAAAAGAAAUCAUAGAUUGGACAAGACAAGAUGCACUAAAGGGCUUAUCAACAAGCGAUAAAGUAGAAAAAUUUAUCAAGCAAUUCAAAAAGAAUCCGCCUCGAACAACAGAAGGAGCGAACAAGACAUUUCUAGAUUUUAUGCAAGAAUUACAUCAAGAUGCUAACGAUGAUGAUGAUGACGCUAGUUUGGAUAAAAUAGAAUCCUUUUUAUGCGAGCAACUGUAUGACUACUUUUUCACUGAUCCACACGGAGACGAAGCGAUGCAAGGAGAAGCAUUAGAGUCACGUAUUGCAGCAUUCAACUUGUUAGAUCUCGAUUUAUCCCAUUUGGGUGUAUCACUUUCUCAAGAAGAGAUGAAUACUAUUGUCAAAUUGGCCGGUGCACGAUUACAAGAGUUGAAUACGAUCAAAGGUCCAAAAGAAAAAUUGGAUGCAAUCAUCAAGACACAUCAGAUCAUUACAGAAACAGUUCAGCAGGAUGCAGAAAAGAAAGAGUUGUUGAAUACGGAUAUACUAUUACCUUUACUUAUAUAUACCAUUGUGAAAACAAAUCCAAAGAAUCUCUUGGCCAAUCUCAAGUUUAUCCAACAAUUUCGAAGGUCUGAUCAGUUAAGAGGUCAAUCAGGUUACUGCUUGACCAAUAUGGUAAGGACUAAAAAGGAGAGAAAGGGAGGAUGUGUAAGAUAAUAAGGACUCAUUGAGAGAGAGAUGAUUUAGAUGGCUGCUGUAUCGUU